AUGCACACUCUUCCUAAUUAGAGCUCUUAAUAGACUAUAACUUUAUUGGCUCUGAUAGGAAUAGAAAGUGUUCUUUAGGAUAAUGACAAUAAAUUAGUCAGAGAAUAAAUUACUCUCAUCAAAAGACAGAUAGAGAAUAUUUAAACUAAAGAAGAAGAACACACAAUAAGAGGAGUAAAAUCAAAGGAAAGAGCUCUAACUCCUAAGAUUACCGAAUCCCAAGCUCCAACUCCGUUAAGCCACCAAAGAAAUGCUGUAUCUAGACACCAUCUAGACGAUCAGGCAAUGAGAAUGGCACUUAGUUAAUAAUAUGAGGAGACAGAACAAAUCAGAUCUCCAAAAUCUGAAAUUUCCAAUAUUAGAACACCGAAAUAAUCUAUCCAAUACUUUAUAGAGAUGAAGAGUUAAAAGUCCAAAAGGGGACCAGAAAACAAAUUAAAGGAAUUGCAAAAUAAUUUAACCAGAGAAUUGAUAGCAGAUUACUAGGGUGUGUUGGAGGAAAUAAAAUAGAACCCAACAAAAUACACGGAAACUCCAGAAACAAGCCUCUAGGAGUAAUAAAUAAAGGAAUAUAUAAAGUUACAAUAGUAGGUACAAUUAUAGUAGCAAAAGUUAGAAAUUGAAAAAUAACAGCAAUAAUUAAAAUAACAAUCUUAAGACUAUAAUUAAUCUUAGAAAGAUCUAUUAAAUUUGAAGAGGAGAAUUGAAACCCAGCCUGAUUAUAAGCUAGAAAAACCGUGGUAGGUUUAGGAGAAAAAGACAAAUUAAGGAAUAUUAAAUUAAAAGUCAGAACCUAAUUAGAUCUAAACUUAAAUGGCAACAAAGAAAGUGUAAUCUACACCAUAAUAAAAAGAGAAAAAAUCUCCAAAUAGAUAUGAAUAAUAACAACAAUAAUAACAAUAAUAAUAAUAACAACAAUAACAAUAAUAAUCUUAAUAAUCUGUUUUAUAAACAGAGAAUACAUUUUCAUUCUUUUAAAGAUAAAAGACUUAAGGAACUCAAAUUAAUACUCAAUAAUCUAUUAAUUAUGAAAAGCAUAGUGGAGGUUUGAAGUAGAUGGCAGAUAAGUUGAUAAAUUCUCCAAUUAUAUAGUAAGUUUCUUUGAAGUCUGCUGAAAAUGUUUCAUCUCCAGGGAAGGAGGUGUAAGUUUCAUAGUUUGAAGAAUAAGAUUCAAUGAGUUCAAAUUCUAGUGCAUUUUCCCUGUUCUAACCUAACGAGGAAUUGAAAUCAUUUUUUAGGAAAGAAUUGAUUAAGGAGGAGAAUGAUGAAAGUAAGUACUGUAUUUAAUUAGAUCAUGAUCCGAAUUGCGUAAAGUACUCUAAUAUAUUUUUGAAAGGGAGAAUGGGAGGAUCGAAAGUGUUUUGA